UGGAUUCGGAAUAUUUCCUACGCGGAAUACUCUACCGACAACCGUUUCACCAUCAGAGUCUACAACGUACCAGACGAGUUCAUCUUUCGCACACCGCGGCAUGAAGAAGCUGCUCAGAAUUGGGUUUCAACGCUCCGCUCGAUGCAGGAAAUUGUCCAACGCAAAGCAAAGGUGCCGGUUACCACAGGCGUCGACGAUUGGGACAAGACAGCGAAUGCUUCACCCAGAGUACCCCACCCCGUAUCAGAAACGAGAAAAUCCAUCGAAGCAGAAGUUCGCGUUCACCCCUCCCCCAACCAAUCUGCAGGAGAUACAACUGCUGCUGCCCAAUCGACGCCACACCGCUUGCCCAUAAAGGAGCUACGGGCGCUUGCGCAUGGUGCAGGAGUCAAUACGCAUGGUAUGGAACGUGGUGAGCUGGAAAGGGUUGUAAAACAGAUCACUGCCCGGGCUCCACCGGCGUCGUCUGCGACAUCAAGCCGUCGCGGACAAGCUUACGACAAGGUUCCGCAUGAGCAAGAACAGCUACAGCGGAGACGCGCAGAAGAACAAGAGACAACAGAACGCCGUCCAGCGGAAGAGGAGACAUCUAAACACACCACCGCGGAAGAAGAAGACUCAAAGCGUGAUUCCCCAGUAGAGGUAGAAAAGCACAACGUUGCAGAGGAGAUGGCCACCAAACGCCGUCUUGCGGACGACGAGGCAGCCAAGCAGAGUGCGACCGAACAAGCGGCAGCAGACAAGCGCAGUGCCGCAGAAGUAGAGCUCGCCAAACGUCGACUUUUGGAAGAGCGCCGCCAGGCAGCCGAAGAGGAGCUUGCCAAACGGCAGUUGGCCGAGAAGGAGACUGAAAAGCGACGUCUUGCGGAAGACGAGGCGCGAAAGCACAAGGAAGGCGAAGAAGAGAUUCGUCGGCGGAACGCUGACCGUGUCAAAAGCCAGCAGGACGCAGAACGGCGUAGGCGGGAAGAAGAAGAGCGACGUGUCCUGGAGAAAGAGCGUAUGCAACGCGACGAAGAAGAGCUCCGUCGCAAAGCCGCGGAGCGCCAGGCUGCUGACCAGCGUAAGCAGCAGGAAGAGGCCGUCCGCAAGCAGCAAGAAGCCUGGGCGCAGCAACAGCAAUCUUGGCAGAGACAGCAAGCGGAGGAGGAGCAUCGCAGACGAGCUGCGGAGCAGCAGGCUGCAGAGGCGCGUCGUCGGCAAGAGGAAGCAUAUCGCC